AUGGAGGGGCAGUGGCCACCCACGCUCGUUACCUCACCGGUUCCCGUGUAUACGAGUGAGGUGGCGCGCGGCAGUUCACAUCCCUGCUGGUCCGCCAUACCGCCUGGGCAACUGAACGCGUACGGCGCGGCCACACAGGUUGAGCUUGCCUUCUACUACACGGCUGCAUGCCUCUCAAACGCGGUGUCAUUGAUGGCGUCUGCAUCGGAUACCACGCCGCCCACAACUACUCUCGAUCACAUUGUGCCCACAGAUGUGUGCGUGCAUCGCUGCCAAGUGGACAUGCGCGACGUGGUAUACGCCGGGUCGACCAUGGAGGAGGCAGACGCUACACUGAGCCGAGUGUUUCACCUCGAGCAGCAGCAGCAACAGCAACAAACUCGAUGCUGCACCAGACCCAUCAUCUUUUUACGAUACACGGACGGCGUCUUUGUCCCGCGCGUGUGCCUAUCAGACAUCUCAGCUGCGGCCACGGCGCUGCUGGAGGAGAUGCAGGCGGCUCGAACUCGCACCUUUGCCUCACCGCCGACGGAGGCCGAGCUGCAACCCACGUUUUCCUUUCCCGCCACGCUUCACACGAUCGCUGGCCAAACAUCGAUCAUGACGCCUGCCGCGGCGGAGGCGGCGGCGGCGUGUGAAGAGCUGCCGUGGAGCCGGGCACCGUCUUCUGUUGGCUGGCGGUACCCACCCACUGCUGUCCCUCGUGCCGGUCCGCUGCGUAUGACCAUAGGGGACGUGAAGGCGGCAACGCUCGCGACAGUUGCAUGGCAGCGACUGGCGGAGCUGACAGAGGAGCGGCAGGGACAACUGGCAGCGGACUUGAAUCGUGAAGCCGCCGCUGAUCCACUGGAGCGUGCGGGGGAGGCACGGUGUGCCGCACUUCGCGUGCAGCUGACAGCUGCACGAGAGCAGCUGACCCUCUCCACUCUGGAGCUGGAAGCGCUGCGGGAGCAGGUGGAGGAGCGGCAACGGCGGCUACAGAGACAAGAGGAGGCACAGGCCAAGCUGCAGAGCUAUCAGGUUUACACGGUAUCACCCGAGGCGGGAGAGCAAUCAAAGGUGACGGCCCGUGAAGAGGAGGCACAGCGCGCACGACUCCGCGCUCAGCUCGCCAGAAGCAGGCAGCAGCGCGCGCGGGAGCUGUGCCUGAUGUACACGGUGGAGCUUUCGUCCCAGUACGCGAAUGAGGCCUGCACACGCGCGGCGGACGCGAAGGACCACAUCAACAAGUGCGCUCUCCCGAUCAUGUUUGCUGGACGCGCCGAAGCUGACAGUGCCUCGCAUUUGGUGGCAAGCACGGCAGAGGAUAUGCAGGAGGAGGCCAUCGGUCUCGGCCAUGCCGGUCACCUGCUUGUUGUCCUUUCUAUCCUGUACAGCUGCGCACUGCCCUAUCCGAUUAUUCUAGCGAGCGGACAGAGCCACGUGCUUCAGUCGCCGAACAUCAGCGCCGAGCAGGUGUUGGCGGCCCCUUACACGCUCACCGAUGCGCGCAAGUACCCGCUAAGUUGCCACAAGGUGGCCGAGCGGCCUCUCAUGAUGGCUGGUGUGCAUCUGUUGCUACGCGAUGGGAUUGUCCUGGCAAAGGCGAUGGGGAAGCCGGAGCGCCGCGUGCUCUCCUGCUCUGAUCGGCUCGGCGCGCUGCUCGAUCUGCUGCUACACGACGUCGAGUGA